CUCGCCUUUCGCAAGAAGUAGAAUUACAAGCGAGCAUUUCCGGUUGAAGAACGUAGUUGUGCAACGGCAACGCUGAAAAUGAUGCUCUUUAGACACUGCGAGAGAUUGUUCAAGCAUGGGCAUUGCAUCAAAAGGCUGCUUCAUAAAUCACCAUGUCGCCCAUAUACUAUUGUGGUGCCUUCAGUAAUAGGGGGGAAAUCAACUGAUAGAGAAAGAGUCAUGGAUAUAUUUUCACGGUUACUAUUAGAGAGAAUCAUAUGUAUAAAUGGACAGAUUGAUGAUCAGAUGUCCAGUAUUGUUAUAGCUCAGUUGCUUUAUCUUCAGUCAGAAAGCUGGCGAGAUCCUAUAAAUCUUUAUAUAAAUAGUCCAGGUGGUGUGGUGACAGCAGGAUUGGCUAUAUACGACACGAUGCAAUACAUUGAUACCCCUAUUUCAACAUGGUGCAUAGGACAGGCCUGUAGUGCAGCAUCAUUAUUGCUAACAGCUGGUACUGAGGGAAUGAGACGUGCAUUACCCAACUCUAGAAUUAUGAUCCAUCAGCCUAGCGGAUCUGCAGGGGGUUCAGUUACUGAUAUUCAGAUAAAAGCAGAAGAGAUGCUGAAAAUGAAGAGACAAGUUAAUGACCUGUAUGUAAGACAUACCAAGAGACCACUCAGUGAAAUAGAAAAUUUAUUAGAAAGAGACAAGUAUAUGAGCCCAAUAGAAGCUAAAGCAUUUGGAUUAAUAGAUGAAGUCAUAGAAAAGCCUCCAGCAGAAAAAUCAUUAAAUUCAUGAUAUGAUGAACACUAUUAAAAUGUUGACAGAUAAAGACAGUCAUCUUCUGUGAUGUAUAUGCAUUGGAAUAAAUUUAUGAUGAAGGAAUGCAUACAUAUAGAAAUUUCAAAUGUUUUUUUUUAUGCAGAAAAUGAACCCAUUCCCAAGAAGUUAAAAAACAAGGUGCAUUUAAAAGUUGAACCUUAUAUUUAUUUUGAAUUUAUUGUUGAUACAAAUUGUUAGAAUAUCUUAUAUUAAAAUUUUUAUUUCAAGCAUUA